AUGCGCGGCAAGCAACAGCUCCUGUCGUACCAGGAAGAAGACCGCGAGGACCCAACGCGGCUAGGCGGUCCCGGCAGCGUGCAGCCAGCCGGAAGGCAGCUCGAGGCGUUGGUCCACGCGGGCAAGGAGGUCGCGAGCGUGAAGACGAGGCCGACGACACCCGUCCUGGCGAACGACGGAGGGGGUGGCUUCUGGCUGGCCACGGUGGCCGCGGGGGCAGGUGCCCCGGCCGGGCUGCCCCCGCACGGGACCCAUCAUCCAGCCAUGGACCCGACAUGCGGCUCCGCGGAGACCGGCUUCAUCAACAGCCAGCCCUCCAUGGCGGAGUUCAUGACCGCGUUGCCCCAGCUGGCCGGUGACGCUAGUCUCCAGCAUUCGCCGGGAACCGGAGGAUCCAUCAGCCCUGGAUCCCAUCAUCCUGGCUACCAUUCGAUGAUGGAUCCUCACGGGGUCGCCGAUCCGUCCGUCAACGUGCCCGAGUAUCCGUGGAUGAAGGAGAAGAAGACCACGAGGAAGAGUAACCAGCAAGAAAAUGGCCUGCCAAGGAGAUUGCGGACGGCUUACACGAACACGCAGCUGCUCGAGCUAGAGAAAGAAUUCCACUUCAACAAGUACCUGUGCAGACCGCGAAGAAUCGAGAUCGCCGCGUCCCUGGACCUCACGGAAAGGCAGGUGAAAGUCUGGUUCCAAAACCGGAGGAUGAAGCAUAAACGUCAAACACUGAGCAAGGAGGACGGCGACGAGAAGGACGGCUCGACGUCCGACGGAAUGGAGAAGUCCAAGGGCGAGAAAAUGCUAGCUAUUGACAGCGACGAGAAGAAGAGCUGCCACAACUGUGAUAUCUCUGGCGUGAGCGACGUAGGCAGCACACUGUCCGGCGACGUGACCGAGCUGAGCUCGUCGGGGCGCCGGAGCAGCAAUAACAACAACAACACGCCGACAGCGACGAACAAUAACAACAACAGUAAUCCAGCUUUCAACGCGAACAGCAACGGAGCCAGCAGCGUCGGCAGCACGAACAGCGUCUCCAGUUCGUUCGAGAAGAUGAUAGCGGACGACGACUCGAGAUCCCAAGACGGUAGCGAGGUGACAUCCCCUAGCGUGGCUGCCAAGAAACUCUCCAGCGACGUGAGGGUAAAGGUAGAGAGCGGCCACAAGAGUCCCAAUCCCGGGAAACAGCAGAUAUCCGUCAGCAAGAAGUCUCCGUCGGCCAACACCAAGGAGCUAUGCUCGGUCAACAGCAACGGCGUCCUUCUGGCAAUGCCCGAUUCCACCGUCAGCACACCCGUGCUGCCAGGUCAGAAUUCGACCAGAAGUCUCACGCCGUCUUCCACACCCGGGACUCCAGUGUCAGUUCAACUGCAACAGGGAAGUCCCUUGGGAAUCCAGGCCACGCAUGCAGCUUACAUGCAGAGACCCAGGAGUUCUCCCUCGUCGACCAGCUCCGUGGCUGCUCCCAUGAUGCACGGCUCUACCAAUGCGGGCACCAUGUCCCCUCACGGAGCUAGGAACAUCAGCAACAACCAGCAGCCGCAUUUCCAACAGCAAAGCGUCUACCAGUCGACGUCGGCCAUCGACUACAGAAACGGAGUACCUAACAGGCAAACUGUACCGCCAGCCACACAGCAGACCCAAUCCCAAAACAACUACUGUUCCAGAGACACCUAUCAGCAACCCAGGAUUACCUAUCCAGGUGAAGUUCAUCCCCUGUACGCCAGGCAGAACCAAGUAUUAGGAUCCAGAGUGGGACACCACGUCCGUGCGACGACCGGUGCAGCCUCCAGGACCAUGUACAACUCCAGCAUGCAGUUCCAUCAGCAACAAAACCAGUACGCCAACACCGGCGGAGAGUACAACGGGUACCCUCAAGCUGGCCCACCCUAUCACGCGUCUUAUCACCGAAGCAUGCAAGGUAGCAACGCUUACAGCACCAGUCAGGGCUACUCCGCUCAACACGACCAGACAACGGACAGCUACAUGGCGCCAGGCAACUAUGGCUACCCCGGCAGCGGGAACUAUCACGCCACCAGCGAGAAUCUAGCUACCCACGGCCACGCUGCGGUGUCGGUGCAAACCGGUCAACACUACUACAACGACAUCCAGCAGCAGCAGCAGCAUCAGCAGCAACACACGGCAGAGGGCUACGUCACGCACCAGCCACCCAUGCACCCAAGUUCCGGCGACUAUCGAGCCGGCACCAAGUGUCACCCGAACGCCUACUACGAGCAGACCAGUCAACUCCACGUCCAUCAGGGUGGCGAAGCGUCCAACAUUCCCAACAGCUACGUGUCCUCGCCAGACCCGUUCCCAGCGCCAGGCAUGACCACCACGGCGACCGCCAUCGCCGCAGCUACGGCCGCCGUGAUCACUCCACCCGGAAGCGCCGCUCAGGCCGAGGGUAACGCGGACUCUUACAACUAUGGCAACUUCUACGCGGAACCAGUGCACACCUCGGCACCGCCACCGUCGGCGGACAACAGCAACAGCUCGUCGGACUUCAAUUUCCUCACGAACCUGGCCAACGACUUCGCGCCGGAGUACUAUCAGCUCAGCUGA